AUGAAUGUUAUUAACAUUAAUGUUGCUGACAUGAAUGCUAAUAACAUUAAUGUUGCUAACAUGAAUGUUCAUAACAUUAAUGUUGCUAACAUGAAUGUUAAUAACAUUGAUAUUGCUAACAUGAAUGUUAAUAACAUUAAUAUUGCUAACAUGAAUGUUAAUAACAUUAAUAUUGCUAACAUUAAUGUUGCUGACAUGAAUGUUGAUAACAUAAAUGUUGUUGACAUGAAUGUUAAUAACAUUAAAGUUGCUAACAUGAAUGUUAAUAACAUUAAUGUUGCUAACAUGAAUGUUAAUAACAUUAAUGUUGCUGACAUGAAUGCUAAUAACAUUAAUGUUGCUAACAUGAAUGUUCAUAACAUUAAUGUUGCUAACAUGAAUGUUAAUAACAUUGAUAUUGCUAACAUGAAUGUUAAUAACAUUAAUAUUGCUAACAUGAAUGUUAAUAACAUUAAUAUUGCUAACAUUAAUGUGGCUGACAUGAAUGUUGAUAACAUAAAUGUUGUUGACAUGAAUGUUAAUAACAUUAAAGUUGCUAACAUGAAUGUUAAUAACAUUAAUGUUGCUAACAUGAAUGUUAAUAACAUUAAUGUUGCUGACAUGAAUGCUAAUAACAUUAAUGUUGCUAACAUGAAUGUUCAUAACAUUAAUGUUGCUAACAUGAAUGUUAAUAACAUUGAUAUUGCUAACAUGAAUGUUAAUAACAUUAAUAUUGCUAACAUGAAUGUUAAUAACAUUAAUAUUGCUAACAUUAAUGUGGCUGACAUGAAUGUUGAUAACAUAAAUGUUGUUGACAUGAAUGUUAAUAACAUUAAAGUUGCUAACAUGAAUGUUAAUAACAUUAAUGUUGCUAACAUGAAUGUUAAUAACAUUAAUGCUGCUGACAUGAAUGUUAAUAACAUUAAUGUUGCUAACAUGAAUGUUAAUAAAAUUAAUGUUGCUAACAUGAAUGUUAAUAACAUUAAUGUUGCUAACAUGAAUGUUAAUAACAUUAAUGUUGCUAACAUGAAUGUUAAUAACAUUAAUGUUGCUAACAUUAAUGUUAAUAACAAAAAACUACAUACCAAAAUGUUGUUAACGAAAAUGUCUCUCUAA